AUGAGCAUUUGCAAUUAUACAUGUAUACACAUGGCUAAGUCAACAAAGAGAAUCACUAGCCAAUACUUCACGUGGCCAAGACUUAGGGCUAUCCAACAAAGAAUCCCUUCAGUCUUAUAUUUCUGGCAUCGUCCGCUCCACUUUUUCCUUUACACUUGCUAUCCCGCAUAUCUGCCAUGGAGAUCAACAGAUACCUCGAACGUUGACAUAACCGAUUUGAAGGAUAAUCCUCUUCUUUUCACAGAGGAAGGGAUUCACAGGUAUUGUCGGGGUGGGUUUCACCCUGUCAGUCUCGGGGAUAAAUUCCACAAUGGCCAGUACACAGUGCACCAUAAGUUAGGCUUUGGUGAAUCGUGCACAGUGUGGCUUGCAAAGGAUAACCACAAUGUGUGGCAUCGUCAUGGUCCAUGGGUCGCUUUGAAGAUAUUGGCCGCACGCAUCAAGGAGCGGAGGGAAAUUCGAAACCUGCGAUAUUUGAAAGAAAAGACAAACUAUUUCACUCAAAAUCACAAUAUUGUUGGCUUUCUUGACACCUUUCUGAUCAUAGGUCCGAAUGGGACGCAUCAUUGCUUGGUAUUUUCAAGUUUUGGUCCCACCAUUGAAUUGAUUCAACAGUUCUUUAUUGACUUCAACAACUACGGUGAUUAUCUCGAAUUUGGUGACACUGAGUUCAGUAACUCGGCUCAUUGUCUCGAAAUGGGACCUUCUAGUAUAUAUCAAAUCGCUAUGAACGGUUUGUUCGCUGUGGAACUGAUGCCACGCUUGGAAAUGUGUCACGGAGGUAUCAGUGGUUCACACAUUAUCAUCGAUUAUAACUCCAGGUUACACUUCACCUCUAUAGGAGAAUGCUUUGAGAUUCUCGGAUCGCCGCAGGCGGUCCCGCUAGAGCACCGUGACGGAAUGCCCCUGGGUUACGGGCUUCCAGAAGAGCUGAUACAAACUGCCAAAUGGCCAGGAUAUGUCGAGAGCAUUUCGGAUAGCGCCCGUCUCAUUGGCUUUGGAAAGAGUUUCCUCCGCAGAGAGGGACCUGAUAACCUCAAGCAACCAGUCCAUCUUCGAUGCCCCGAGUCUAUCAUGGGGGACGAGGUUGACUAUCGCCUUUAUUUGUGGCAUACAGGGUGUUUUCUAUAUCAACUGGGAACGAUGGAGCCUCCGUUCCCUACCCCACUCAACGAUUAUGAAUACAUAAGGAGCAUUGUUGGGUUUGUGGAAGGCUUACCAAUGGAGUGGGAGUCAAAGCUAGACGAAGUACGAUUGAUUUCCGAACAGACCUUUGCACUGGAACAAGCCCCGGCCACAAAAAAACAAGGAACAGAGCUACAGCUACUAAGGACACCCAAGCAGAAGGCCCAACCUCAGCAAAUGUUGUGGCGUCAGCUCAAGAGGGUCCCGCAGGGGAAGAAUACCUAG